AUGUCUGUGUUUGAAAGUGUCACAAGAUCCCUGGUCCAGGAGUUGGAUUCUGGAGGGGAUAUGAUUCAUGUCAAAAGUAUGGUUGACGCUGGUGCGUUCAGAUGUGGCUAUUUGGUGAGAGAACGGAGGUUCUGGAGAUGGUCCGACUACUACAAGACAGACCUCACCCUGGAGGACAUACUGGACGAAAAGGACGAAGGACUAUUUGGUAGGCUGCCUGCAGGAUUUAGAGGUCAGUAUGUGGCAGGUGAAAAGGCUAAAUUCCAAGUCCAGGAUAAAACAGAUUCAAAGCUGUCAGCAAAACCGUUGUUAGCAAUAUUGCCAGCAAAAUUGUCAGCAAUGUUGCCAGCAAAAUUCCCUGAAGAAAUACUUGCCAUUGAAAGACUCCGGUCCUGUGAUUGGAAAACCACCAUAAUACAUAGGAAGAUAACCCAGAGAUACUUGGAUUUCCUUGUCAACAAGAAGGUGAAGCAGAAACUACCCGCUUCAUUUAAAACAAUUAAUAUGAAAGAAAAUAUAUAUCUGGUGACAGAAACUCUGGAGACAGAGGAGGAGGAAACCCUACAAAGGGAAAUGCGCUAUAAAAUUCUGAGCUCAUUUUUUAAGGACAAUAACUAUGAAAGCAAGAGCCAACGCAAAAUCACCGUCCCUGCCAACACCGUCCUGGCCUAUCGAAUGAAGCAGCUCAUCUUCAAAAAUGGGUCAAUAUUUAUUGACUUCUGGAAUGAAAGAAGAAGAAGGUCUUUUCAAGGAGAAACGCCUCUAGGAAAACAGGGAACUACUGGAACUUUGAAGGAGCACGUAGAGAGCACAGGGAGAAGCCUGCAGGAACUGGAUGAGAAGCAGAAGAAUGUGCUGUGCUCUGCCACUACAUGCGCCAUCAAGGAAGGGGGGCUGGAGGACCUGGAACAGAAAGUUUCUGCUGUCUUGUUCUCUGAUGCUUCGACGCAGACUGAGGGCCCAGAAGGUUCUCUCAUUUGCAUCCUUCAUGAUAAUGCCGGGUGCUUGGUAAAAGCACGUGCAGAAGCCGUUCUGAUACUUUUGGAUGCCUUAAUAGCCCUAUCUGACAUAGCCGAGUAUGUGAACAAAGCACUGGAGAAUGGGAAGCUGUCUUUGCUGAGGGACCAGGUGGAGUCAGUCCUCCAGAAGAACUGGGGCGAUCGGCUUAGCCAGGCUGUGCGCUGUGACCCCGAGGCACGGAUCUUCUGUAUCCUGUACAUUGCUUGCUCUCUCCUGCUAGUUCUGAACACUAAAAAGUCUGGCUGUGUCUGUUCCUAA